AUGGCUGCUUUCGAAUUUACUAAUCGUAAUUUAUUGUUGACAUCCUUUUUUAACACUAACGAUGAAGACAAAAAUUGUGAAUUAAAACCAGGAAAAAUAGAUUCCCAAUCAACAACUCCUAAAAAAGAACAUGGAAAGUCAAAAAAAACAAAAGAUAAUGUGUCAAGUAAUGAAAUUUUUGAUGAGAAAAAAAUGGGGAAAAUUUCAGAAGAAAGUAGUGUUAUUACAAAAAAGCAGGAAAAAAAUGGCUCUAAUACAAGUAUUGUAGUGUCGAAAAAGCAAAACUCAGCAGCCUAUCAGAAAUAUUUACAAAGAUCGGGGCCUAAAAAUCCCAAUUCUAAAACAAUUCCAAAAGGGACAUCGAAUUGCCUUCAAAAUUUAACGUUUGUUAUCACAGGAAUAUUGGAUUCAUUGGAAAAAAAAAAAGCAGUUGAAUUGAUACAAAAGUAUGGGGGACGCGUUACUACUCAAGUGAGCAAAAAAACCGAUUUUAUAGUAGUUGGAGAAGAACCAGGAGAAUCAAAACUGUCAAAAGCAGAAAAAUUUUGUACAAAAAAAAUAAAUGAAGAUGAGCUACUAGCUUUAAUAACAGAAAGGAGUAAUUUUAAGCAAGAAGAAAGUAAACCAAUUGAAAAAACUGAACAAAUUAUUUCAAAUAGUUCAAUGAAAUCUUCUAUUAAUGAAAAUAAAAAAAUGAACACAUCAAAGUCAGUAAUGGUUAAAUCAAAUCAAUUUGAUGAUCUUAGUUUAACAGGAGUUACUACAAAAUCUGAAGCUUCUUUAAUAAAAAAUGAUGAUUGUAAAAAUAAUUUUGAAAAUUCAGACAUUCUUUGGGUUGAAAAAUACAAACCUAAAUCAACAAAAGCCAUAAUUGGCCAAGGUGGUGAAAAAAGCAAUGUAAAAAAAUUAACAUAUUGGCUGCAAAAUUGGCAUUUAAAUCAUUCUACUAAAAAUGAUAAAAAACUUACUAAACCUGCACCAUGGAAUACAAAUGAUGACGGAAGUUAUUUUAAAGCUGCUCUGCUUUCUGGUCCACCUGGAGUCGGCAAAACAACUUCAGCUUAUCUUAUUUGCCAAGAAUUAGGCUUUGACAUUGUAGAAUUUAAUGCUUCUGAUACAAGAUCUAAACGUCUUUUACAAGAAGAAGUGUCCGACUUAUUAACUUCGAAAUCUCUUCAAGGAUAUUUUGAUGGAAAUAGAAGCACUUUUAAGAAACAAGUUUUACUCAUGGAUGAAGUUGAUGGAAUGUCUGGAAAUGAGGAUAGAGGAGGAGUACAAGAACUGAUACAGCUGAUAAAACAGACUAAAAUUCCAAUAAUUGGUAUUUGCAAUGAUCGAAAUCAUCCGAAAAUGCGAUCAUUGGUUAAUUAUUGCUUCGAUAUUCGAUUUCAAAGACCUCCCAUAAAACAAAUUAAAGCUGCCAUGUUGUCGAUAUGUUUUAAAGAAAAAAUUAAUAUUUCUGGAGAUUCUUUAGAAGAAUUAAUUGUUAGUUCUAAUCAUGAUCUUCGGCAGGUAUUACAUCGUUUAUCUUUGUUAACUUUUGUGGAGAAAUCAUUAUCGGAAGAAGAUGCUAGAAAAAACAGCUCUGAUGGAAAAAAACCGUUAAACUUGAAUCCUUGGGACGUCGUGAGAAAAGUAUUUUCUGCAUCGGAUAACGAAAAAUUUAAUUUAAAUGAAAAAAUGGAUCUUUUUUUUCAAGAUUACUCCCUGGGUCCUCUUUUUGUACAAGAUGCUUACAUUCAUGUAAAACCUAAAAAAGCCAGAAAUUCAGAAUUAGAGGUCAUGUCUCUAAUUUCAAAGGCAGCUGAUAGUAUAUGUUAUGGCGACGUUGUGGAAAAAACAAUUAGAAGUAAAAAUUCCUGGAAUCUCUUGCCAGCUCAGGGUUUAUUUGCCAGCAUUUGUCCUGGUUAUUAUAUGGCAGGGCAUUUUCAGGGAAAAAUAGAAUUCCCGGCGUGGAUGGGAAAAAAUUCUAAGGCUAGAAAAUUAAGUAGGAUCUUGCAAGAACUCCACACAUCUCUUUGCACCAAGAUUUUAGGUGAUGUUCAAGCAAUUAAUCUGGAUUAUUUGAAGUUACUUAAAACUAUUAUAGUAAAGCCUUUAAUCGAAGAAAAUUUGAAUGGUGUUCCAACCUCUGUGAAAUUUAUGGUAGAACACAAUAUUAACAAAGAUGAUUUUGAUCAUAUUUUAGAGUUGUGCUCUUGGCCUGGAUUUAAAGAUUCUUUUUCAUCAAUCGAUUCCAAGAUAAAAUCUGCUUUUACAAGAACUUUGAAUAAAGAAAAUCAGAAAGUUUCAUGCGUAAAGAAAACUUCAAAAAUGUCUCAAGAUAAUCUAGAUGAUGAAAACAUAACAGAUGAUAUAAUUUUUGAAGAAAAUGAUAAUAUUGAUUUUGAUCCAUUGAUUAAGAAAGGAAAAUCCAAAGUGAAAAAAGAUAUCAAGAGUCCAAAAGAGACCAAGAUGGAUAAAAACAAAAGAUCACAUGCUACCAAAGAAACUCCUGUUAAUAAAGGAAGUAAACGAUUAAAAAAGUAA